AUGAAGCCAAUGUAUAUUCUCGUUCCUGGGGCCUGGCAUCAAGCGGAACAUUUUAGUGACCUCGAAAAGGAACUUCAAAAGGCCGGCUUUAGCACCCGAACCGUACAACCUGGCUGCGUGAGCGCUGUCCCGGCCUCAGAUUCCUUCCAGCCUGAUGUCUAUGCUACAAAAGAAGUUCUCAUCGAGCAGCUCAGCACGGCCACUGACGUGAUUUUGUGCAUGCACUCAUAUGGCGGCUUCUAUGGCACGGAGGCCUCUGGCUUGACACAAGAGCUCGCGGCUAUUCUCAUUAAACUCGCAGGCGAGGAGUAA